UCUAGCUGCUUGCGUCGCGCUUACUCUGUGUGACUUCUGUCUGGGCUCGGGCUGCGGCGGCGUCGAGAAAGGAAGGAAGAAGGAUAGCAAUGAGAGCUAGCUCUGGCGCGUCCGAUUCUAGGCAAUCUCCCGGCGGACGCACAGAGUGAAUACACAAGCAGGACUGUGUCGCAUUUUCCGGAGAGUACUAACCGGUAUAGGCGUGCAAGAUGAGUGCGGAGGGAUACCAGUACCGGGCUAUGUACCCCUAUAAGAAGGAGAGGGACGAGGAUAUCGACCUGCAGGUGGGCGACAUCUUAACAGUCAACCGGGGCACCCUAGUGGUUAUAGGGUGCACGGAGGGUAACGAAGCCAAACCCGAUCUUAUUGGAUGGCUCAACGGCAUCAACGAGAGCACCGGAGAGAGAGGCGACUUUCCGGGCACUUACGUCGAGUACAUCGGAAGAAAGAGGAUAAGCCCUCCGACCCCCAAACCAAGGCCCCCUAGGCCGCUGCCGGUUGCCCCAAGUGCCAGCCGAGGUGAGGCUGGUGCAGAAGCGCAGGCCUUCACACUUCCUGAUCUUACAGACCAAUUCUCACCACCUGACCCGGCGCCACCUGUCCUUGUCAAGCUAUUAGAAGCCAUUGAGAAAAAAGGUCUGGAAUCUCCAAUACUGUACAGAACACAAAGCUCAAGCAGUGUGGGUGAGCUGAGGCAGAUCUUAGAGUGUGAUGCUGCUUCUUUUGACUUUGAUCAAUUUGAUGUACAAACUUUGUCAGAUGCUUUAAAGCGGUAUCUUUUGGAUCUUCCAAACCCAGUCAUUCCAGCUUUAAUAUACAAUGAAAUGCUUUCUUCAGUCAGAGGCUCUCUCAAUUCUGACGAAUAUGCGAUACUUUUAAGGAAGAUCAUCACAUCUGCUAAUGUACCUCACCAGUAUUGGCUCACUCUCCAGUAUCUGCUCAAACAUUUCUUUCAAGUUUGUCAAAGUGCCAGCAAAAACCUACUCAGCGCAAAGUCCCUUGCAGAAAUUUUCAGCCCCCUGCUUUUCAGAAACCAGUUACUGAGCCCUGACAGUUCAGAAUACAGCUCUCCGAUUCUAGAAGUUCUUAUUGCAAGUGAAUGGAAUGAAAAGCAAGCGGCACCAGCACUGCCACCAAAGCCUCUGAAAUCUACUUCUGUAACUAACAACGGUACAAACCAUAAUAUGACUUUACAAGAUGCUGAAUGGUACUGGGGAGAUAUCUCAAGGGAGGAGGUAAAUGAAAAACUGCGGGAUACCACUGAUGGGACCUUUCUGGUACGAGAUGCAUCAACAAAAAUGCAUGGGGACUACACUCUUACACUGAGAAAAGGCGGAAAUAACAAGUUAAUCAAAAUCUUUCAUCGAGAUGGAAAAUAUGGAUUUUCUGAUCCAUUAACAUUCAAUUCUGUGGUUGAACUGAUAACCCACUACCGAAAUGAGUCAUUAGCACAGUAUAAUCCUAAAUUGGAUGUUAAAUUGCUCUAUCCAGUGUCUAAGUUCCAACAGGAUCAAGUAGUCAAGGAAGACAGCAUUGAAGCAGUUGGGAAAAAGUUGCGUGAAUAUAACGUUCAGUUUCAAGAAAAAAAUCAAGAAUACGAUCGCCUGUAUGAGGAUUACACAAGAACAUCUCAGGAAAUUCAAAUGAAAAGAACCGCCAUUGAAGCAUUUAAUGAAACUAUUAAAAUCUUUGAAGAACAGUGCCAAACACAAGAAAAAUACAGCAAGGAAUAUAUAGAAAAAUUUAAGCGUGAAGGAAAUGAAAAAGAAAUUCAGAGGAUUCUACACAAUCAUGAAAAGUUGAAAUCCCGUAUCAGUGAAAUUGUUGACAAACGUAGGCUUGAAGAAGACUUGAAGAAACAGGCUGCAGAAUAUCGAGAGAUUGACAAGCGCAUGAACAGCAUUAAACCAGACUUGAUCCAGUUGAGAAAGACAAGAGACCAAUACUUAAUGUGGUUGACACAAAAAGGAGUACGACAGAAGAAACUAAACGAAUGGCUGGGCAGUGAGAACACAGAGGAUCAGUAUUCCACAGUUGAAGAUGAAGAUUUGCCACACCAUGACGAGAGGACGUGGAAUGUUGGCAAUAUUAACAGGAACCAAGCUGAAAACCUGUUACGUGGGAAGCGUGAUGGAACAUUCCUUGUACGAGAGAGCAGCAAGCAGGGGUGCUAUGCGUGUUCUGUGGUGGCGGAUGGAGAAGUUAAGCACUGUGUUAUUAACAAAACUCCUACCGGAUUUGGCUUUGCAGAACCUUACAACUUGUACAAUUCUUUGAAAGAACUGGUGCUACAUUACCAACACACAUCACUUGUACAGCACAAUGACUCUCUCAAUGUCACACUAGCAUACCCUGUAUAUACGCAGCAGAGGCGAUGAAGAGAUAAUGAACUAUGGAGUUUAUUUCUUCAUUGACAACACUGUGGCCUCUUUAGGCAAGGAAAAUGUAAAGCUCCCUUGUCAGCCUAAUUCACAAGAUUGAGCUGUUGUAUCAAAGCUAUCUUCAGGUGGGAUAAGAGCUUUCUUCGCCAUGGAAGCAGGAGAUGUGUUAAGCUGUGAAUGUAUGUUUCUAAGCUAUUGUGCUUGCUUUCUAAGAACAAGAAGCACAGAAAAUGAGAGAUGCUUUUAAGAGCCUAUCUCCCGGCCUGCAGGUACCUAAAGGCCUUCACCAUGGUGCUUGUUUACGUUCUAUUGAAGCUUUACCAGCUUGAAUGUUGGUCACCGCAGAUCCAAUAAGCCAAGGUGUUAGCAGUUUUGUGGAAACGUUCCAUCUUAACCUGGUUAAGGACUCAUGACAUUUCUGCUCAGUGGAUCUAAUUUACAAAGCAGUGCACGGAUUGUCUCAUUUUCCAAAAAAAUAUGUAGCAGAAUGGCACUUUUUAUUCAUUUCUAAAAUCAAUUUCUAAGGAGUUCUGUUCAUUUGCAGAAUGUACAAACAGCAAAGUGCCAGAAAGUGUUUAAAAAUAUGGAAAGAGAAGAAGACUUCUUUUGAAAGAACCUAAUUAAUAUGGAAUAUAGCAAAAUGGAAAAUGGCAAACAGUAUAUAUAAAUACAUAUGUACAUAGCAUUGGGUGACUAGCUAUCAAAACGGAGCUGAUCAAUACCAAACUGUCUACUUUCUUUUUAUUUUGCUGACUGCUAAAUCCUUAAUGCUAUGCAACAUCAAUUUCUUUAAGCUGUUUUUUCUUGUUUUAUAUGUUUCAAUACCAUUUUUUUGUUUUGUUUAUGUUAAUUGAAAAAAGUUUUCUAUCAUUUUGUUAUCGUUGUGUGUUUUAAGAAAAUGUGCAGUAUGUCCAAUGGGAAAGGUCAGAAGAGCCUGAAAACGUAGAGUGCUAUUUUUAUCAUAACUUGUAUAGAAAACUUGGCUUUAAAACCCAAGAUUAAAAAAGAAAAAUAAUUGAAAAUCCAUUACAAAUAUUUGAUAAAAAUGCUUGCUUUUUUGUUUUGUGUUGGGCGGUGCCUAAUAAGAUUCAAAGCUGCUUUAUUAAUAAAAUAAACUUUUAAAAUAUAGAAAUAUAUAAAGAAAAUCAGAGUGACAUUCAUAUUAUGGGUUAUUUUCUAUAAUGGUACUAUAUAUUGUACACAGGAUAUUAAGUCCUCUGUCCAUUUACUACUUCUGAUACGGGAGAGAACAAAACAAGUUUUCUGCCAUUUACUAAAUAUGAAACAGCCCUUUGCAACCAUAGAAUUAUGGCACGCCAUAAACAGCUUCCAAUUUCAGCUGCUUUUUGUACUUUUCACAUGCUUCAGUGAAUCCUGUAAACAAGGCUAAAACAUGCAUGCAGUACCAUGUCAUGUGAAACCCCUAAAGUUAUCACAUUUAUUUUUAAAUGGUCUCAAAGCCAAAAACCUCUGACCCAUGGUUAGAUUUGAAAAGUUUUGAGGCAUCCUUUGGAUACAAAUUUAAAUACUGUGGGAUACAAACCAUUGGCUGUAAUUUAUGUACUUUGAUGUAUAUUUUUAGCACUUUUGACACUGCUAAUACAGAGUUAUAACUUGUUAUAGUUUACCCCUUGCUAAUAAUAUAAUAAUUAGCUCUGUAAGGCAGUGAUUAUGUUCUGCUAGAGUUUUGUAUUCUGUAGUAUUUGUAACUGCCUUCCUUGUAGUAUUUACUGACAAUGUAAAUUCACGUAUGUGCUGUCAGUCUUGCCUGUUCAUCAGUCACUGUAUGAGAUGUUUUACUUUCUAGACGGGUGGAGUUUUUUUUUUUGUUCCCUUUUUUUCCCUUCCAAAUUGUUGUGGGCGUUUUUUUGUUUUUUUCUUUCUGGGAUUUAAAUACACCAAUUUCACAGAGCUCAGAUCAAUUUCUGAGCUUUUACUUAUGUAUAUUCUAGCUCCUUUUUUUUUUUUUUUUUUUUUUUUUUUUCAUUUCUGAUGUCAUUGCAUUUUCACACAUUCUUCUAGACCAGUUACUGUUUGGUCUUUCAGGCUGUACAAAAAGGGAUAAAAAAUACUCCACAAUAAACCUGGCCUAGCUUUAAUACUACUCCUUUUUUUUUUUUUUUUUUUUUUUUUUUUUUUUUUUAAAUCAAUGUUUUUAUUUCAUCAUAUAAGUCACGGUGAUAAAUAUUUACUGGAGAGCAUGUGGCCCGGUUAUUUUCUGCUUGAAUGAGAUUCCUAUUGCAUUGUUCCACAUCAACAAAUUUAUUGGUACUUUGUUGAUCACAACAAUUUUAUGUAUGUGAAUAACUUUAUAAUACACAUUCAUAUGCAAAUACCCCCCCCACAAGACUCUGGGAGCUAAUAUAUAUGUUUUGUCCCAGUCUAAGCCAUAAUUUCUAUUCUUAAUAGCUUUUAUGCUCACAACUUUUAAAAUACCUGUUCUGAUUGCCUAUCAAAGUUCGUUCUAAAAUGCACAUGCACUAUUCAUCAAGUUAAGGUACACCCUACAGCUAUAUUAAGCACAACAAAUUACCCUAGUUCUGAAACUAAAUAUUAUUUUAAGAUUAGAAAAUGAUUCGUAACAAUAGGAAUCUGCUCUCUGUUUUUGUUGCAAUGGAUAUCGGCUGGAGAUAGUCUGAUCUAGGAAGUCUUACCAAUCUGUCUGUUUUUUGUUUAUACAGUAUAUAUAUAUAUAUAUAUAUAUAUAUAUAUAUAUAUAUAUAUAUAUAUAUAUAUAUAUAUAUAUAUAUAUAUAUAUAAAUACAGUUUAUGGUAAUUUAUCAGUGAACUCAGAUGAUAGGAAAUUCUGCUGAUUUCAUUUUGGAAAAAGUCAAAAUGUCUGCUGCCUUUAACAGGGCUUGUUACGUAUGGUAUUCUCAAAUUUGUUCAGGUUCAUUUAAGAAAUGGGCAGCUCUAUGCUCAUUGCCUGACGCAGGCAAAAAUGCCAAAUUUUUUACACAUGUAAUGGCUUAAUGUCAUUUUAAUUCAGACUAACCAUGUCAAUAAAGUUUUGUCACCAUAAGAUUGCAUUAGCUGCCCAAUGUGCUGCUAUUUUUUAUUCCUGUUUCAAACAAAAUCUCUUAAAUGUUUAUACAGCAUUAAAAAUACUUUUAAACUACACAAAUGCUUUGGUCUUUCGUUGGGGAGGAAAGGAUCAUUGGUAGUUAUUUGCCUUUACAAGGCAAUAAAUAAAGUUGUGCCUCUGAAAUUUGAGCUAUAGCUUUGAUAAAGCUCUGUGUCUCGUUUUAAGUUGCUUUAAAACAUUGUAUUAGAUCUUCAAAAAGAAUAAAGAUUGUUUUGAAAAUGA